AUGCUUGAUCAGGGCUUGCAGUUCAUAAAGCAAGAUUUAUUUACACAUCCCUUAAACCCUGCCCUGGGGUGGAAACAGGGCGAUGAAGAGGCCAAAUGGGCGCAAAAAGCAAUCGAGACGUUAGUCAAGAAGCUCAAGAAAAGGAAAGGUGUAAUGGAACGUCUGCAGUAUGCCCUAUCACAUCCUGGAGAGCCAAGCGAGUGCAUUUCUAUUCCCAGAUCCUUAGAUGGCAGGAUACAGGUGUGUCUGCUCAAGAAUGGGUCACCUUUUAGGUGUCUCAUAGGAAAGGUUUUCCCCACGUGAUUUAUUGUCGCGUGUGGCGUUGGCCUGACCUCCAGAGUCACCACGAACUAAAGCCUUUGGAGUGCUGCAAGCUUCCGUUUGAUUCCAAGCAAAAGGAAAUAUGCAUUAACCCUUACCACUACAGACGAGUUGAUUACCCUGGUGAUUAUUAACUCAUUACGUAAUUUUUGUACAGUUCUUCCCCCGGUGUUGGUGCCCCGCCAAAGUGAAUACCCGGAUAUGAACGACGUUAUGCCUCCUUAUGUGUCUACUGAGGGAUCUGCAGGUUGGUUUACCAGUCAGACUUGAAGUAAAUAUCACCCUUCUCCGUAAUCUUAUGACUUAAGUUAAACUAGUUGACAUUUAUGCCACUGCCGCCUUAAUUAUAGACACGUUUCCAGGACGUCAUUACGGCCCUUUGCGUAUCAUUCUGCUGUUGACAUUGGUUUAUGUUUCGUAUACUGCAGCUCAAGCCAUUCCAUAUCAGGAGCCAAAGUACUGGUGUACCGUCGUUUAUUAUGAGAUGAACACCAGGGUCGGUGAAGCUUACUUCGCAUCCUCUCCCAGCGUCCUCAUUGAUGGGUUCACAAACCCAUCUAGAAAUUCUGACCGAUUUUCUUUAGGGAUUUUGUCCAAUGUCAAUCGUACUCCCACAAUCGAAAAUACCCGGAAACAAAUUGGUAAAGGUAGGAAUUCGACGUACAAUUUUCUGGUUCCCUUUCUCCCACAGUUAACUAUUGCAUUUGAGGAGCUCGAGUUAUUCAGAAUGCAACAUUUUUGCAGGUAGAAUUCCCGACAUUUUGUUCAGAAAUUGACUAUUAUAUAUUAUUAUAUUAGCCGGUUACGAAUCCUGUUUCGUAGCUUUCUUUUCGAGCAACUGUCUGUUUUAGAAAGCAGAUCAACAGAUAAGAUAGACAAGAUGUAGGAAAGAGUAUUUGACAUUUCCGAAUACUUAUAAGGAGUGUCUACUAUUGUGGGUCAUUGCCAUUAGACGCGGUGGUCCCAACUACGGUACGGAUCCCAGCUGAGUAUACGUGUCGUACUUAGUGGUACUCGUUUUGUGUUUAACCCUUGUUUUGUUAUGUUUUAAGGGUCAGUUUGGUUGACCGCCAUAAAUAUGCCUGGUAUAUAGCCUAUCUCCAGUCGUUUUGAUUAUCAUUGAUGGCCGGCGUAGAAUAUAUCCAUAAAGGUGAGGUGAAUAUGACAUAAUACGACCGCCUACAGUCUCCUCUUGUGACAGGGACUACGAAUGAUAGUGGAUGGGAGUCAAAUAUAUCCACUUGAGUUGACAUCGGAAUAUAAAGUGCGGCUUUUCGCACAAUCUCAAUCGUAACACCACAAAAGCACCUUUUCGGUUUUCGGCCCUGUAAUUUAGGCGCUGAGUUCGAAUAUAUUGGAUUACUUUUCUAACUCGCAACAGGAGGUCACGGCCCUGCACCCAACACCAGAGAAAUCGUAUAUUUAGCAUUCGAUGCCGACCGCUAAAACUGUUGGAACCACCGUCCUCAGAUUUGAAUUUACCAUAUCGGCUCGUUCUAGGCUUACUAUCGCUGUGGCUAUGCCAAUUCGGGCAUCGCUUCAGAGAAAUGGUGUCGCAAACUGGUUCUCCCAGACUCACAGAGGACGUUAUUGAACUAUCUGAAACACUUUUCCCUUCACUACUUUGCUGCAAACAGUCUCUGGUCGACGGUGAAAUCUUUCGCUUGAGGCUUAGUCCGCCAGUAAAAGCCACGGUAUUUUUCAAAGACGUCAGUUGUUGAUUGCGUCUUUUUCGCAAGCCAGUGCUCCACUAAGGUCACAUUUUGCAUUCACAGCCGCACUGCAAUAGCCAUGGUUUUGUACACUAUAUUAUCUGGCUUCCGUUGAACCUAUCGGAGGCCUCAGCCACUUUCCUAGACGAUGAAGUGCAGCACCUAAUUUUUAUGGCGUUUUAUUUCCUGCCAACCGUGACCCUCGAUAGCGUAAGGGGAUCCAUAUAGGCAAAACAAUCGGCCUAGAUCCCUCUGCCAUCGGAGAAGAAGUGGAACACCCUGCAGUCUUAGGUCAUAGGACAUUUCCUAAAAUUUCUGCUCUUUUCAGUUUCAAGCAAAAUUUGCGGGACGAAUACAUAAAUAGUGGGUCGCGCUUCUUAGGAGGAUGUCCUCAGUGUCAUGCCACAGGGAUAGUCAACGUCAGGAUGAGGCGGCUUAUCUUUACAUGAUUAUUCUCGUGAUUGCGAAGUGCUACAGGCUGACCAGCAUCUAUUGGUUAUUAAGAGGAUCGGUCUGAACACCCUAGUUGGCUGACGCGGGUGUCGGUAAUUAAAUAUUCGCUCUCUUCGCCAUGGGCUCCCACAUUUUAUGCGUGAAUUGAGGAUAUCCCUUCAUCAAAUUCAUGAAUUACAGGAUUUUCCAAAGGGUACUGUUGCUGGCUGAAUUAGAAAUUCCACGGAAGCAAGCGAUUGUCUACUAGCCAACCUAGUUUUGUGUUAAGGCUUGCCUCUAGAUAUGUAUCUGGUGGAUUUGUCUUCGCCAAAACUAAAGCCGCAUGUUUGCUCGUCUCUACUGGCAGGGGAAUAGUACAGAAGAAUGCCACCACAGAUCUUGACGGCGGAGUUGAUUAAACUGGUAUCUUCUUAGCUGCGAUGUUUCCAUUUGUCUCCUCUUGGGGCAAGAGGGUAAAACAACACCGUUCAAGUUUUAUGUGACGGAUGAAACCUGGUCGCUAACAGGAGCUUUGUUCGCCUCGCAUUUCAAAUUCCUGUUUAAGCCUACCACCACAUACAGAAAACGACAAGGGUGACGGAUGCACAGCCCUCAAAUACUUGCAUGCUGCAAUUGAUACGUCGCCACAGACACUAAAAUAUAUAUCUCACGUAUUAGAAACUAGUGUUCCUUAUCGGUGCGACCGUAUCAUAGUUGGUCACAUUCGGACCCUUUGUUUUCGCGAUUCCUUUGUCGGCGUUUGUAGUUGACCCGAUGACUACUUGGCCAUCUAACUUAAUAGUCCGGUCCCUCGAAGCAUCAUACAAUCGGACGUUUUCUGCGUGAGUACUUGCCCUGACCAGGCCAACGAUCGCUACUUGAUGGGAAGGGGGAAACCUUUGGGCUUACUGAUAACGUGCGACCCAGAAAACCUUGAGUCAGGCAGGUCGCGAGGAUCUCAUCCUUGUUGAACUUAAGUAUUUUGCCGGGCACCUUUGAAUAAGCUUCAACCUAAGAUUUCACAUCACGUCUCCUCACUGCCAUCAUCGUCACGAGUUGUAAUUCAACUUCCUCCUGUCAACGGCUGAGAUUUGCGAUAAGGUAAAAACUGUUAGUUUUUGGGGCAGUGAAUGCAUGGUGGCUAUCGUCAAUGAACACUGUAGCCCCGUGCUUCCACUACCGUUGCACCUGUUGUCUCGGGUAACUGGUGGGAGCAGGGAUCCGAAGCGCCAGACGAACAAAACUACAGUUCCUGCGGGCAGGCUGCGUGCGAACGACGAAUUGUCUCUAUCCACUGAAUAAUCACUAGAGAAGAUCUGGCAACUGUUUGGCCAAUACUAUAUCAUCAAUUAGAGCAAUGUUAAUUUUAGCCACCGGAUAACUGCUUGAAUUUAGUUAGUGCUCACGGUAGCGCCUGAAAAGACAGCUGCAUUUUGGAUCUCGCACUUUUUAUCCGUGGACGAAGACCGAGUAACUUAGCUAAGACAUACAACAGACAUUUUUUCUGUGUUAGCUUGCGAUCAUCGAGCUUUUUGACUGACUGGCUCUCUGUAUCGCAUUACGACGCAGGCGCGUGGUCUCACAAGCAUAUAACAAUUAUGUCCUGUCCGUGUCAGCUCUUUGAAUUGGGUCGUCAUUUGGCAAUCACACCUGCUCAGUGUCUGUCAAGAAGGGUCGGUUUAAUUUUUGUGAGAGUACUUCCAUCUGUAUAUCAAGUCAGCAGGUGUCUUCAGUUACUGGGACGUAGUGUUAGCUCUGGCCAUAAUAUUGUCGUCCAUGAAAUCAAGGGAUCAAUCGCCAUCGUUGCACUAGUUGUCUGUAGUGCGUGAACCUUCAGUAUAAAGUCGACUGAAUUAGGAUGAAUUUCGUCACAAGUCAAGUAAACUGUUUACCGAUGACACACUUGCGGAGUACGUCGUAAACGGCUGGGUUUGCCUUAAUGUGCGUGUCCCAGUCCCCUGAGACAUCUGCAAUGUCGCUAUAGGCAAUAGAGGACAGGCCGUAAUUAAGGCGCUAGUAUAAUCUCUUUUUUCUUUUACCGUCACCCGCGUUAAAGAUGGAUUUUGUCAAAAUGUAGUGUAUGUGACCACUUGGCCAUACACAAGCGAUGUUGGCGAGAGACAAAAUCCCAAGCCCUCAGCGCCCUGUAAAGUACAUGUUUGACCGAGAUUGUCCUGCUCACCACUGACAUAGAACCGUAGGUGAUAACAUAUCUUUUGCAUUGCGAUUGCUCCUGGCCCUGACUCAGGCAGCCGGACUUUUCGCAGACUGGUAAGACACAUACAGUAGGUGGGCUAACUCAUGAAAUGUCAACCGAAAUUCCGAAAUGCGUUUUCGAUUCGAAAAGAUUAAUUAUAUACGGUUCUAAAACUAAUCAGCCUGCAGCAUAUUUCUAUCAUAAUUCAGUUACUUCGGGAUGCCAGCUUUCGAAGGAACUUCCUUCCGGCUGCAUGCGAAAAGUACACGCCGUAAAAAAUGACUACUUAAGUAGCAUGCAUUUUUCUCAUUGAUUUUCGAUGCCCCUACAAGUCCAAUUAUAUUUAAUGGGAAACAUGCACAAAAAUAUUCAUUCUUUAGUUCAUUCGGUAGAUAAUUACGUCUUAUUCUACUUUUAUACCCGAAUGGGGAACACAAUUCGGUUUCCAAAGAAGUUUCUAAUUGUGGGACUUUUAUAUACCGUGAAAUGGCCGUUCAUAAAUCUUCUUGUCUCUGCAUUUACCGAUGUGGCCUAUAAAGCUAACAAUAUAGAUCAAAUCCACUGCUAAAUUUCAUGAACCCUAUAUGGUCCCCGUAGAGAAAUGUGUGGUUUUCCGUACGCGGAAAAUAUACGGCUUGUAGUUUGGAAACCCUGAAUGCAAGUGUAACGGCAGAGCGAGUUCAAAAUUAUUCGGGUAUUGGAAAAGUUCUUGAAAACCGCAUAUUACCCUUGCUUCAAGUAUAAGACUGGAAGAAGGCGUAAUUGUCUACCGAAUGAGCGAAAUAAUGAAUAUUUUUAUGCAUGUUUUCCAUGAAAUAUAAUUGGACUUUUAGGGGCAUCAAGAAUCAAUGAGAAAAAUGCGUGCUACAUAUGUAGUCGUUUUUUACAGAGUAUACUUUUUGCAUGCAGCCGAAAGGAAGUCCCUUUGAAAGCCGGCAUCCUGAGGUAACUGAAAUAUUAUAGAAUUAUGUUGCAGGCUGACUGGUUUUACAACCCUACUUAAUUAAUCGUUUGUAAACGAAAACGCAUUUCGGAAUUUCGGUUGACAUUUCAUGAGUUAGCCCACCUACUGUGCCUUAUUUAUAAUGUGUAACGUCAAUAAAAGACGGGCUCUUCGAGCGUUCAAAAGCUUCUGUAGGAGCAUUAUUCAGCAGGCCUAGCGUUCGCUCAGGAUAUCUGACCUCCCGGUAAAGGUUCGGAAACACCGGUUCCCGCGGGCGUUGCAACAUGAGCCGCAUUCGGCGUGUCCGUAAAUUACCGCAGAAAUACGACGCAGUGCGUUACAGGUAAGGUACACAGUCCCAACUGGCCGUUUAGUAAGGCCCAGGUUCAUGAGGCGACCGCGAUAGGUGAAGCCUUGUUGGACGACGAUCACCAUGCGACAUGCAAAACCACCCUGGCAUAUGACCUUUCUUAGGUAACCAAUUUCCGACAUCGUUAUGCAGACACACCUGAACGUGGUGCAGUUAGAUUCUCGGCUGCAUAUUUGUCAGACAUUACUUUCCAUUCCCAUUACACCAAGCCGGUUGCCGGUAUAGGUGUAGUUCUUAUCUACGCCUAACCACCUUCUUGGAUGACUAUAAAGGUGGAGCUCCCUACCACCGCCUACAAGAAGUUACUUUUGUUAUUUUCUUCGCUGGCAUCCUGAUUGUUGACGUUUGAAUUGCUUCAGUAAGAACCAUCCAGUCAGUUGCCGUCAGUAAUAUUUGCGGAAAUUACAUGUGACUUUUCAGUCUUCCUUGAUAAAACUUGUUGGUAUUGGCCAACACAAGGUUUCGAUGCAUAUAUUAGUUCGGUGAACAUAUGACAAGAAAUCCGCGUACCUUGGACACAUUCCUGUGUGUCCGUGCUAGGCAUGUGCGGCUCUCGAUAGUCGCCCACUGCAAGGAUUUGAGACAGGUAUCAACAAAAGUCCGACCAUAUACACGUCAGGAACCGACCGCGUCUAUGUUUGGGAGAAGUCUCGAGGGCAACACCACCUAUGACACAAUUCCACAGACUUACGCAUGGCGUAACUUUCAUUAUUCGUCGCCAACGCGCCUAGGGAAGCUACUAUAGCGACUCGAAUGAUUUUCCCUCGUGACCGCGGUUUUGUUCCGCCUCCUGCUACUAAAAUCCAUGUAGAAGUUGUGCGUCUCCGAGGAAACUCGAUCUUUCCAAAGACAAGGUAACGACAGAUCUUCCACGAAAUUUCUUAGGCGACAGCUAGAAACCUCCAAUUCUCGCCCCUCUUACAUGCGCACGGUAUUUCGGCCGCCACAAGUAACAGUGGUCACUACCUUUACACGAGAUGACCACAGGGGUGACUUGCGCACGAAUUUGUCGCGGAAAAGACUAACACUGCGUCUGACUCACUUCUCUUUUACACUGCCAACCGUGUUCCGCUGGCAAGAUAAGAUCGGGACAUUCGAAGGUAGGUACGAAUGGAGCGACGUAAAAAGCUACCUAUCUCGUCCAUGCGUGCAACACGCUAACUGGUCCUCGACUUCAUAAGAACCAGGCCUCAAUAAGAGGUCUCGGAUCUUGCAUAAUUGGGUGUCUGGCAGGGCACAUUAGGAAGUCCAUGCAGCCUGGCCCUCAGUUCUGACUAAGGGCGAGUCUCCUUGUAAGUUGGCAGCACUUCAAUCUACGACUUUAUCGUGUUACGGUAGUUUCAGGUACAUCCGAUUUUUCCAUAUUGAGCAGUGCUCUGAAUUUCCGUAAGGAAGAGUAUCGGUUUCUGUUGAAUGAUCCCCUCAACAAGAGACUUACUGUUCACAACACGUUGCUAUGGACGCCGUAGUAUUGAUCUCAACGGCGUUUUGCCGGCUGAUGCCGAAUCGUGACCGUCUGCGUCUGGCGCGCGUGAACUGAAAGCAUCGCUUUUCAUAAUUCGGGCAGACAAAGAAACCGGUGAUCAGUACACGAAAUCUGAGACAUCCUCCCACAAGUGGACACUGGUUGCACACGCACAUCCAAGGUCAUGAGUGGACUUACCGACGAGCAUACCGAGUGUAUCGUACUGGCUAAUUUUAGGACUAUUGCCGUCGUUUCCUGUCUGUCUUUUCGCGAGACAUAUCGUAGUUGAGCGGUGUUGUCAGGCGUUGUCCGUAGUUGCAUAUUAUCUGCAGGUUUAUUAGUACAGCUCGGGGAGUAUACGACAUGAUCUGUGUAUCUGUUGCAAUAUUUCUCGGGUACCAGAAGACCUAUUAAUACAGGUAUAGAGUUGUGCUCGUUUGCCUCGGGCAAACUGCCUGGUAUCUUAUUUGAAACCUUGGAAGCAAGUGAAGACUGACGUUCUGUUUCACAGUCUGUGACUAUCUGUAAACCUUUUUGAAUCCGGAAUACUUUACUCACCAAAUUUAAAGAGUCAAUUGCAUGCAAGACAAGUAGGAAUAAGUUGUGUGUGCGUGUGUGUGUCUACUUGAAUUUUUACGGGUAUUUAAGGUAAAUGGAAAAGGCACACUUCUCUUUCAAAUAUAAUGGGCGACAUGCUCUGUCGAAAACCAGCCGCGUGGAAGUUGACCGGAGACCAUGUUCCCCACCAGUUAUUUAUGCGAUCUCUCCCGCCUAAUUAUCUCGCUAUGUAAUCCCAAAAUAGUACAGUCACGUCAGGAUGCCAGUUUCUGAGUGCGUUUAUUUCGGUCCACAUGCAGAAACAACACUCGGCAAACAUGGUUACUUAAGUAGCUUUACGCUUUCCAUCUUCGAUACCGUUAUAAAUUUGAAUAUAUGUUAUAGAAGCGGUGCGCGAAAACGUUAUUUCCUGUAUUUACUUCGUAGUAAAUUACGUCUCCACUCUUUAUACUCAAAGAAAUGACGACUGUCGGCUUUAAGGAGUGUUUCGAUUUCCCCAUAAUCUUGUACGCAGUUUGCCAUUAUACAAGCGUUUAAGGUGUCCUGACUACAAGUUGUAUACUUUUCGUGUAAAAAAAUCAUACAUUGUUCCAUACUGUUCGGAAGAUACCAUAUGAGGCUCAAAAAUUCUGAAAUGCAUGCGGACCAUGCUGUAUAUCUUACAAGGAGUACUAUUAAGCGGACAGAUAUGAUGACAUUUGAAUUAACAGUUCAGUCUUAAAAAUCCCGCGAUUACAGAUGCUUUUAAAGCCGACAGAUACCCUGUCCCAGAGUUUAAAAUUUGAAGGCGUAAUUUGCUGCCAAACGAGUGUGAGAAAGUAUUUCUAUGCUUGUUUUCUGUAAAAUAUAUUUGAAUAUAUAGCCACAUCUGGAGCCAAUAGGAGAACUUCAUACCACUUGAGUUAUCAUUUUUAUCGAGUGUGGUUUUUGCAUGAGACCGGAAAUAAGGCGCAUUCGAAAUCCAACAUCUUGACAUGACUGAAAUAUUUUGAAAUUAUUGUAUACGAAAAUCAGUGUUGUAACCUCACCUAGGUAAGCAUUUAUAAUGGACAACGGAUUUUCGAAUUUGGGUUAGAAUUCCAUGAUAUACGUCACCUACAGUGCUGUAUUACUUUUAUUUCUAAACCCCCAAGCCAACAGUCUUUCAAGCCUUUAUCUCCCUCCUCCAAGGUAUUCACCUCUACACCGUUGCCGGAGAUACGUACAUCGAAUGUCUUUCAGACAGCAGUGUCUUUGUGCAGUCGAGACUGUGUAGUGAGACGCACGGUUUUCAUCCGACCACUGUUGUCAAGAUUCCGCCAGCCUGCUCUCUCAGGGUUUUCAGUAACCGGGAGUUUGCCCGCAUCCUACACCUCACCGUCCCACUGGGAGUGGAAGCUGUCUACGACAUCGUCAAGAUGUGUACCAUUCGCCUGAGUUUCGUAAAGGGCUGGGGUGCUGAAUACCACCGACAAGACGUAACUUCAACACCCUGUUGGAUUGAGGUUCAUCUGAGGGGACCGCUCUUUUGGUUAGACCGGGUCCUGCGUCAAAUGGGCCCGUCUCAGAAUCCUGUUUCUUCGGUGUCCUGA